AUGCAGGGGGGCGCGGGGAGGGCCGUGCAACACGGGGAAGACGUAGUGACUCUACAGCGUCUCACUACGCGGAAGGACAGUGACUGUAAUGGGCGUCGCGAGCGCCGUCGGGAGGAACUGCUCGCUGAACUGUGUCCGUGCUGCCGUCCGCCGGCCCAGUCCCGGCGCCUCUGGCCCGUCGUUCCGUCCGCGCAACGCGGCCGGCGGAGCCCAGAUGGUGGACCCUCGCUCUGCUCGUUUGCGCCUUCCUUCCGGCGCGCAGGCUCCGGCGGCACCGACCUCGCCCCCCCGGCCUCGGAUCGCCUCCUCGCGCCGGCUGGGCCCCCGGCGCCGCACUCGCCGCUUCGCGGCUCUCCCGCGGCGGGCGGAGGGCGGCGAUCCGCCCGGACUUGGAGCCGCCGCCCUGGCCUGACCUGCGCUCGUCCAGCUGUGCCUCCUUCAGCCUGGCGCCGUCGGACCUGCGGCGGAGCGUCCAGAGCGGGCCCCGUUUCAGGGGUGAAGGCGACAGCGACGGCUCUGCGGGCCGGAAGAACACAACUUACUGAGGAUGGAAAUGGGACUCAGUACUCAAUUAUCUGUCUUGGACCCCAAAUGGAGAGUUUUCAGGGUGUCAGAAAUUGGGAAGAGGAGAGCAAGACGCUGGUGGUGACGAUGGUUCCCUGCCCGGUCCUGUGUCGUGAUGCAGUGUUUGAAAGAUAUGGAGUCUGGAGAAUGGUUACCAUCCUCAACAGCAUCUUCCAUCACACCCACUUCAUCUACCAUACCUUCUGUGGCCUCAUCAGUUUCAACAGGGCGCCUUUUCCAUGGGAGCUGCUUCACUGAGCUCUACAAUCAACCC